CUAGUAGUAGAGACGCAGAGUUCCGAUUGCAGUGUGUAGGAAAUUAUGUAUAUGACACCUAGAAUUAUAGAAUAAUGCAGCUUUUCCAAUUUGAUGUAGAACGAGCUUCGAGACGAAUGUUUCAGGUUAAUGACAAGAGAUUGAAAGAAUGCCGUACGCUCUUUCAAAGAAAUAUUCUCAUUGACCAGUGAACCGAAUCCUGAACGGACUUAGGAAUUGCAUAUUUAAGUGUUAAAGAUGUAUUCCGUUUUGUUAAGUAUGCACCAGUCCUGAAGUACUGAAAACUGAGUUACCACAACUGUAGUUCAGAGAAGCUAGACUUCAGUUAAAAUGACACGUAAACAAUAUGGCUACUCCUGGGAAAGUUACAAGACCAGUAGAAAGCAGAUUACAUGCACAUAAAGAAAAUGAUGUCACUUCAAAAACAACCAGUGUUUAUGAUGCUAUUCCAGAAAAUGAGAUUUCUAGUAGAGAGGCUACACGUGUGGGACAGUUACCAGCUCAAGUACAUUGCUCAGACUAUCUACAGCAAACUUUGAGUGAUCUUAUGCAGUUAAAUCCUGACGAUUUUGUAACACAUGAUCAGCUGCGACAAUUUUCUCAUCAUGUGCCACAGGACACAAAUUCAGAAACAGUGGAAUAUGUAGUCUCUGCUAGUGAUAAUGUGGAAUCUAAUCUGAGAGAGACUACAGAUGCUUCCUGCAGUAACAGUAAUUCUCGGCCUGCUGAUAUAACAGCAAAAAAUGAUGAUGCUAGUGAAGUCUAUUAUUCACAUAUUUACAAUUGCAUUGUGAGUGAUACCUACCCAGAAGACUAUUCUGAGAGCUACUACACAGCACUGAAGAAGAGAGCUAGGAAUUAUUGUGUUAUCAAUGGAACCUUAUAUUAUAAUCAUAAACAACCCAGGGAAGUCAUCAUCAAAAAGCACCACCAGCAGAAGAUAUUGCAGAAUGCACACAUAGAAAGUGUAACAGGAAUUCAUCUUGGUGCCAAACGAAUGCAUGAAACACUCAAUAAGACUUACUUUUGGCGAGGCAUGUAUGUGGAUAUAAUCACUUUUGUAAGAGGUUGCCAUAUAUGCUCUGAGUCAUUCUGUGGAAGUCAUUUACAUUCUUCUGCACAGCAUAAACUUGACAGAACACAUGAAAAUGACAAUGAAGAUGAUCUCUCUGCAAAUAAUGAGAACUCAUUAGAUACUGAUUUGCAAAUUCGAAACAGAGUUUGGCAGAAGGUUCUUGUGAAGGUGUGUGGUCCUUACCCCAAAACAGCUGAUCAUAAUGAAUAUUUGAUUACAAUAGUUGACCCAGUAUCAAUGUGGAUUUGUGUGAAACCCACAACAAGUGAGAGAAACAUAAAAACUGUAGCAACUUUCAUCAUAAAAAUAUUUUGUCUUUUGGGGUUUGCUGAAUGCUGCUUCAUUGGAUUUACAACUCAGGAGUUAGAGAAAGUCCAACAACAUUAUAAAGGAGGCAUGUUUGAAUCAGAGUUGACAUCAUGUAUGUUUGGCAAUAAAACUACAAAAAGAGCAGAGACGGAACAACAUGGGGCUGAUGAAUGUUCUUGGAGUACAAAUUUGUUGAAUGACUUUGUCAACUGUUAUCCUUCUGACUGGGACAGAAAGAUCCAGUCUUUUCUACUCACCUAUCAUGUUUCAUUUGGGUGUGAUUCACUGUCUCCAUUCUACAAGCUACAUGGACGAAAUCCAAAAUUUAUUCUGGAGGAAAAUAAAGAAAAUACAACAAAUGACUCACCAAUCAACAAAGUAUCUGCAGUGUGCUCUAUAGCAAGAGGAAAAUCACAAAAUUUUGUUCUACAGCAGAUUCAUCAGAAGAAUCAUAUUGAAAGAGCUCAACAAUCUGAAACACAGAUGAGGGAGGACUGUCCAUUAUUUCAUAGAAAAUUUAGUAGAAAAAACUCUGCAGAAGGUCAUCAAGAUAAUGCUGGAUCAGUUGAGAAAACAAGUUCUGCUCCCGGCACAGAAAGGAGAGCCCAUCUUGUAAACAGAAACCAGCUGCAAAAAGUAGUGAAAUUCAGCCAGCCAUCUGAAAUACGUGCAAGUACAAUUGCUUGUGUUAAGAAGUUGCUUGAAUGUGCCAGAGAGAAACAAAGAAAACGGGGUAAAUACCAUAAGUAUUCACCAGAAAUACGUGAACAAAUUGCCCAGUAUGUUACUGAAAAAGGUGCUAGUGAAGCUGCUCGCUAUUUCUCAAAGAAACUUGGCAGAGUUGUAAGUGAAAGUACUAUACGUAAUAUUUUUAAAAUUCAUAAUAGUUACACACCAGAGCUGAAACAGGAAAUUGGAAAAUAUGCCGUGAUAUAUGGUGUUCGGGCUGCAUCAGAUCAUUUCACUCAGAAAUUGGGACGUGCCACAAGAUUGGGUAUAGUACACAAAUUUAAAAGAUUAUAUCUUAGUCAAAUUCCAACCCAACUAAAAAAGAAAAUCAACAAGAAAAGGUCUAAUGUAAGUCGUAAAAGACAUUACAGUGACGAACUUAAAGAAGAGAUAGGAAAUUAUGCUUUUAAAUAUACUGUUGGUGCUGCUAUACAGCAUUAUUCAAGAAAAUUUGGUCAUCCCAUAACAGAAACUGUAGUUCGUAGAUUCCGAAAAAUGUAUUUGCAGAAGACUUUUGAAAAACAGUCUCAAUGGAAGCAGAAACAGGAGCAGUUGGCAGUUCAACAGAAAGGAAAACAACUGCAGCAUGAAAGAGCACAACAACAAAUACAUUUGAACAUCCAAGAAAAUACUUUUAAACCUCAGAUGGAACAGGCUUUUCCACAAAACCACAUUCAUGAGAGUUGUGUACAAAGUGCAGACACAGUCAGUGCAAUGCAGACUAUAAAUAUUUUGCAAAGUUCUAUGAGUGUUCUAAAUGACCCUCAGUUCAGUGACUCUCCUAAUGCUAUAUUUCCAUCAUCAGCUGCUGCGUCAUCCAACUGUGCCUCCUUCAAUCAACACACUAGUUCUGUUCUUGAUAUACAGCCUUACACCCAGUGCAGUGGCUCAGUUGUUUCAUCAUCAUUAGUAUUCCCGAGCCAGUUUAAUCAUAUUGUGGAUACUACCCCAGUUUCAAAUGAUCCUAAUAUUUCUGUCCAAGAGUAUCAGCAUAAUGAGCUAUACUCAUAUUAUAAUGAACACAGUCAGCGAGAAGACAUAAACUCAAUCUCAGGAAACAACUACAUUUCUUCAUUGCAGCUACCACCAUUGUCACAUUUUUCUGAUGCUGAGCUUGCUAAUAAGACAAUAUCUGCUCUCGAUGGAAUGCCAGCACAUCCGAGAAAACAACAGAAUUUUCAUCUAUCAAACAGCAGCAGUCAUGGCACUGAUAGACUUGUAUCACAAAUUCAUUCUGUGUUGUCGCAAACUGGAGACGUCCUUUUCCAACAAGAGGGUAUUCCACAACUGACUGAGACUAAUGCUACCAUUCAGUUAAAUUCAGAUCAAGCUGGAGGGGAAAAUACAAAUGACACAAUACCAGCUACUAAAUAUUCAGGUGACAGUUGUCGCUUGCACACCAGUCCAUCGUGUUUCUCUGUCAGUCAUGUUUGUACUAAAGCGUCAACUGAAUAUAGUGUGAACACCUUGUUCGAUGACCAGAAUAACACUUUUUUGCUGCCACCUAGGGGAGACUGUAAUAUUUCAACAUAUAACAAAUGUAAUGAGGUUAAAGCACUCAACGUACCCUAUCCAUCUGGACCGGCGACAGCUCAUGAAGCUAAUUCCACCAAUUCAUCAACGUUUUUGUUGAAUAAAGGUGCCAGAUCUCCAGUACCAGCUUCUGAUGUUACUAACAGUCAUUUAUAUUCAGUCCAGUGUACACCAGAUACACUUCAGCCACUAGAGCCAGAGGUAACAAAUGUCUUGCAAAUACAUGAGGCAACUGCCACAUUAAACUCAUCACCACUGCUAAGUACUCUGAGCUCUCAAAACUCUGAGCAGCAGUCACCAUUAUCUUUUGUAAUAAGCAGCACUAAUGCACCAGUCACUCAAAAAACAAUAAAAACAUCUACCACACCUGCAUCAUCAGUGAUAUGUGAGGUAAUAAAAAAUAUAAAACCAGUUGCAUCAGACCCAUCUGUAUUGCCAGCUGAUGUUCCUCAGAAGCCCGCAACACCUUUAUCUUCAUCUUUGUUCAAAGAGAAACAAAUGGAUACAUCAGCUACUAUGUAUCCUUCCUGCUCUGUAUCAGUGCUAAAGGAAACCAUGUCUUCUAGCACCAGUCACCCUUUUUUAGUACAAUCACCAGUCAACCGGGCAGCACCAUUGUAUACUGUAGCUACCACAUCUUCAAGGACAACAACAAAAAGUGUAGCAUGUGCUUAUGCAAUAACUCUUGCUCAAGAAGAUAAAAAGAAAAUAAAGGUGCCUCUCAGGUACUUUUCUCAAUCACAGCUCACAGAACCACCGCCUCUUGUUGCUAUUACCCAGUCGAAAAUAUCUCUUGGACAGUCUCCUUCACAUGUGACUGUGUUUCCAGUAACAUCUGUAACAGAAACACUGUGUACAAUGGACUCAAGACUGAAAAUUCCCCCACUUGCAGUGCUGUCCCACCCUACUCCCAGUCAAUUAAGUGAAUCAACCCCAUUACAGAACUCAGUCAUCACUGGUCAUUCACACUCAUCUGAAAAACAGUCUCCUGUGUAUCAACUUGAUUCAGCACAUACAGUUUCCCAGCAUGAAAAAGUGAAAAUGUUAAAGGCAUUAGUUAGUUCAGAGGAAACACUAGAUCAGAGCACUGAUAAUCAGUCAAAAUUGUCAGACAGGGAUUCUUCAGUAUAUCCAAUAGACAAAGCAGUCAUGUCAUCUGUGUCAUCGGGUUCAAAUACAGAUCAUGCUAAAAACAAAUUCAACUCUAUGCAGAAGAAAAUUUCACCUGCAGCAGGGUCUUCAUCUUCAUUGCAUUCUGUGAACAAUUUAGUAAUAAUGCAAAAUCAUGGCACAGUUUCACAAUCACGAUCAUCUUUGGUGGCAUCACAUCAAAUUACUCUCAUUCCUGAUGGUGCCAUUAUGCAUGCAGUUACUGCACAAACAAAACCAAAUUUUGAAGAAAACAUUCAUCACAGUACCUCUGUAUCUUCUUCAGUCCAAAAUACCAACAUGUUAGCUGCAAAAAUGAAUCUCUUGGGACCAGCAUGUUCUGUUGCUCAUAUUGGUCAUCCAAAAACUGGCUCAUCAUCAAAGAUACCUGAGUUAGCAAACUCACCUGUCACAGACACAAGACCAUCAGCUGCAACAAUUUCAGUGCAGGCCUUGACAGCUGUAUCAGACUUUAAACACACUGUGACAACUGCUUCGACAAAUUCACAUGUAAUUGCUAUGUCCUCACAGGCUGCAGCUGUAUGCAGGCCUAAAGUGUCAACAGUAUUAAGCUCAACAUCUGUGGACACUGCAAUACCAGUAAAUUCUUUACCAGAUUUAACCUCUAUUAAUGUCCAAUCAAGUACUGAGGAAAUCCCCAUCAUCGUUGAAUACCACAACAAACAAAAGCAGGGUAUGGAAAGUAGAUCUGAGGUUCCAACAGAUUCGAAACAUCUAACUACAUGCAGAAGUAAAGGUGAGGUUCACAAUCCAGUUGUGACACUUCCAACAAUACAUAAUUUAAAUUAUAUUACUGUGGCAUCAUCGAACACACCAGUAAUGAGUCAUAAGCUUACAGGCCCUUGCAAUAGCACUGGAUCAAAUUGUACAUCUACACGAGAUUCUUGUAUCACUUCAAAUUCUUUGACAACACCAAAACCAGGGAAUUCGUCCCCAUGCUAUACAGGCUCCAUAGGUAGUAGUAAUACUUCAUGGAAUGGUGUUACCAGAAUACCUUCUACUAAUAAUUUAUCAGAUAAUGCCAUUAUAUCUUCUAGUAAUGCCUCAGCAACUGCCACAGCUGUAAGCCCCUCGCUUUUGAAUAAAAACUGUUUAGCAUCAAAGAGUACUUCAUUAGACAACUUGACUGAAGUUUCCUUAACUAAUACUUCAGCAAGUACAACAGCUACAUCUGCUGCACUUCACAUUUUCUUGGACAACAUGCCUGAAAUAAGCUCUAGUAGAACUAUUGUGAAACAUUCCAAUCCAAUAUCAAACAGUAAAAAUUCAUCAACCUUUACAGACACAACAUUUUCGUAUAAAAGUAAAGGAUCCCUAAGCUGUACUGCAGCAAGUUAUACAGAUGCAACAUAUUCAAGAAAAAAUUUGUCUAGUACCAAGGCUACACCACUCUCUGCUAAUAACUCAGUGAAAAGUACAGUCAGAGUUUCAUCUAGUAAAGAAUUGUCGACUGGUUUAGAGGCUCCUGACAUUACCAAAGGAGAUGGUAAACCUAACCCUGUUGCUACUAAAAAAUCUCAAAAAAAAGUGUUGUCAAGAAGUUUUAAAGGCUGUAAACGAGGAAAUUACUGUGUAUAUAGCCCUGAACUACGUGCUGAAAUGGGUAGAUACGCUGCAGAACAUGGAAGUCAGCAGGCAUGUUUGUAUUUCAAAUAUGUUCUUGGAGUUGAGAUUCCAUCAAGUACAAUGAGAACACUUAGAGACAAAUAUUUAUUGAAACGUGAACAUUGUACAGUUGAUCAGAAGGUUUUGAAUAAGGAGGUAACAUCACUGGGAUAUGGACAACGUGGAAGGCCAAUGAGGUUGGGGAAAUAUGAUGAGGAAGUUCGUCGGUGUAUACAAGAAAUAGUAAAAGCAGGUGAACCUGUGUCAUCUUACCUUGUCAUUGAGACAGCAAGGCAAGUGUUAAUGCAGUAUGACCCCAGUCUUCUGGAAGAAAAUGGUGGGAACAUAAAAUUGAAUGUUUCAUGGGCAAAGUCAUUCUUGAGGCGCACAGGUUUGAGAAAUAAUUCUUAACACAUAUAGCAGCACAAGAAAUGAUUAGUUUCCUAAAAGGAAACAAAAAGUAAUCGAUUCUCGGAAAACAACAAAACCUGAGCUUACACGUUCUUGUCAGUCUGUGAUAUCAUUUGAUACCUGUUUUAAAUAUGUUUGUUUUUUAGUAAUAAGGACUUACUGUAAGUUCGGAGUGAAUUUGGUAUCAUGUAUCCUCCAUUUUAUAGUCCACAGUUCUAUGUGGCAUAUAAGUAGUGACUCAGAGCAUUCAUACUAUACUAUGCAACUUGUUGGGGCUGCUCAUUUUAGUUGAAUGUUCUAAGAUUGGCUGCACUCCACUAUUGUGUAAAAUGUGAUUCUGAAUCGUGGAACUUGACAUUUUACUAUUGCUGUUAAAUGUAAGGAAUGCUCAUGGAAGUGUAAGCAGAAAUAUCUAGAAGAAAACAUAUUCUUUUAUCUUUGUAAUUUUGGAAAUCAAAUUUCUGUUAUUUCUCUUAACUGUUAAUGCAUGCUUUUCCUACAUGAAUCACUGCUUGUCCCAAAUGUUUGUUAAUUUAUAUUGUUGUGUGUAU